AUGAAAACAAAUAAUCACAAAAGCAAGAACAAAUCCUAUGCUAACGAUUCAUCCAUUGAAAGAUUAUUAGAUGCACUCGAUCAGAUAUUCUCCCUCUUGGAACAAUUUUCCUUUGCCAAUAUUAGUCAUUUCCUAUCCAUUCCGAUGCAAUAUGUGGGAAAGAUUGCGAGUCGAUUGGCAAUUUCGGGAGGAAAAGUAGGCUCCAAUUUAUUUGAUACAGUUUUGGAUUUGCUAACGCCAGUUUCUACUCUCUUUGAUCAGUAUCAAACUUAUUAUGGAUAUUAUAGAGGAAGUUCCUAUUUUAAUGCAAAUGAAUUGGUAGUAACGAGGAUUUAUAAUUAUUUGGAACGACAAAUUGUUGGAGUGAUGGAAAAAUUCAAGAAUUACUUUUCAUCACAAUCGAAUGCAAACAAAUUUGUGCUGAAGAGUUUCAUUGUUGGAGGAUUGCUUUUGAUUUGGAGAUUAAUGUAUGUCUAUUGGAGAUUUAAGAGAGAUUAUGAGAGAAAUACAUCAGCUACAAUGUAUAAUACGAAUUUUAUUGAUGGACAUGUUUCACAGACCUAUGUUGAUGAUAUGCCACUUGCUGAGAGACUGAAAAGGAGAAGUGAGUGGGAAAGAGAGAGGAAGGAUCCAUUCUCUAGAUCAAAUUCAGAUAUGGUUUAUAUGAACUCACCGAAAUAUUAUUUACAAAAUCCUUACUUUCCUCUUCAGGUUAGAAAUAACCCUCCUCAAGAAAGAAACUUUUUCACCUACUAUCCUUCCUAUAGAAAUAGAGUUGAGGAUUUGGAGUUUAGAGAUGCAUCAUCCACCAUUAAUCAUGUUAUGGAAAGGGAUAGAAAUCUGGUAGGAUUGAGGAGAAGAUCUCCAAAUGAUCCUUCUUCAGGAAAUUCAAAUGGCACAUAUCCAAUGUUUUCACAACAACAGCAAGCAUACUCUAAUUCUUUUAACCAAUAUGGAAAUGGAUAUGGAUCCUAUGAAGGUUUUAAUAAUAAUUAUGGAGAUGGAUAUGGAUAUUCAAUCUAA